AUGGGCGCUGCAACAGAGUUCUACCGAUCCCAGAUCGGUGGCACCUCAGUCAUAAACUACGCCUACACCGAUCUCCCGUUCAAGCUCUUAGUGAAGGAUGUUUACUUCUUUUUCAUGUACAUCUGGGCACUCCCAUGGGUGCUUCUGCCACUGCGACCCUGCGGUUCCGGGGAACUGGACGAAUUGUAUCCGAGCAGGAAGAAUAUCUUUUGCAUCUUUGUUCACUUCAUUCUAGUGGUGUUGCAACUUGCAUUCAUUUUGGUUCUCCCGGUGGCCGUUAUUUUCCCUAUUUGGAUUGCCGGCCUCGGCAUCGCGGCCUUUAUGACUUUGAAUUGGGCACUGUGCAAACUGCUCAAUGGUAGGGACGUCACGUUUCAUUCGGAGGAAAAGUACGCAAAGGCGCUCCCAGAGCAUGCCCAUGAACAAUGGGUGUUUCUUAACGGUGUCGCAGUUGGAGAACACUGGAUGAUGGGUAACUUGAACCGCCUGGCUCUCACUUUUGGACGACCGAUUCUUGGUGUACACAACCGGACAUCUGGAAUAAUAUUCGAUGUUAUUGAGUGUUUGAUCCAACGCAAUUUCACCUACGCGACCUCUGACGUGCGAAUUUGCUACAAAAUUCUCCGCGAUGUUCUCUACGACCCUAGCAAGUCGAAAGUCGUGUUUAUAUUGCAUUCGCAGGGCGGUAUUGAAGGUGGCCUAGUGCUCGAUUGGUUGUUGCAAGAGAUGCCUCAAGAUCUCCUUUCCAAGCUCGAAGUAUAUACUUUUGGAAAUGCUGCAAAUCACUUCAACAAUCCACAUCGCCACGUCGUCUCCCAAAGUCUAUCGACGACAAACCCUUUGGUUGCAAUCAGAACAGUUUUCUCGGAAUCGAGUUUUUCGACUCCAGUUGCCAGCCCUGUUGCUGUUCAAAAUGGACAUCCUAAUGGAGGCAACCUACCGCCCCUGAAGACCAAACAAACGUCUGACUCUUUUUCGUCGUCCCGCACCUCGUCUGCAGCCAAAGAUAGGGCCAUCGGCCACGUGGAACACUAUGCACACUCAACUGAUUUUGUCGCUAUGUGGGGUGUCUUGCACUUCGCUACCAACAAGAUGGACUCGCCUCAGCUCCCUCGAUUCCUUGGGCGGCUGUUCAACCGUUCCACUAGCAGUGGCGGCCACCAGUUUAACCAGCAUUACCUAGAUGGCAUGUUUCCCCUGAAACGUGAUAAGAAAACAGGAGAAUUUAUAGGCGCCGCGGAAGAGAACGAGUUUAUGGAAGAGGUCAUCAAGUUUGGCAAGGAGGGUGAACCGAUGGACAACGCGCGAGAGGCAUUCGACAUUUCUUACUUGGGAACAGAGGGAUUCGGAUCAGGCGACAUAUCAACACCCAUCGAGGUCCAUGGGUUUAAGGGUAGGAAGCGGACUAAGACUGAUGUAAAAGUCAGGGAGCUCAGCAGAUUAUGGAGUUACAGGAACGGACAGUCUCCAGGAGAUAAGCCGCCGACUUUAGUUACCGAAGCUGGGUUCUGUCGUAAUGCGACGCUGUAG